CCAGAGAUCAUUAAUAAAUAUGUGUGUUAAAUGUUUAUCAGGUAAUUUAAAGAGACACAGAAACUCAGGAACAUUAAGGAACAUCUGAUGAGAACCAACAGAGUCCGUCCGUUAAUUCGGCUAACAUUUAAGGUUUUGAAAUAAUUAAACUGAGACUGUGGAGGGGUUUAAAUACACACAUCACUGCUGCAGCAAGUAAUAACAAAUGAUACAACAAAUACAAAUACUCCACUACAAGUAAAAGUACUGCACUGAAACUGAAAUUAAAUCAGUUCCACCUCAGAUGUCUGAUCAGAAGAAGAAGAAGAAGAAGAAGAGGGGCAUCCCGGACCGAUGGCUGGACUACUGUCCCGUGGGACGGAGGAUCCCGGGGACUCGAUUCAUCGCCUUCAAGGUUCCUCUGAAGGCGUCUCUGAACAGUGUUCUCCCUGAGUCCGACUUGUUCGGUCUAUGGGAUCUGCUGGACUCUGUGCGGCGUCAGAACCAGGACCUGGGUCUCAUCAUCGACCUCACCUUCACCUCCAGGUACUACGCUCUGACCGACGUCCCGCAGUCCUGCAGCUACGUCAAGAUCCCCAUCGAGGGUCACCGGGUUCCCUCUGACGCCACCGUCCUGAGCUUCAAACGAGCGGUGAGGUGGUUCCUGAGGGAGAACCGGGACAAUGAUCAGCUGAUCGGAGUCCACUGCACCCAUGGCCUGAACCGCACCGGCUACCUGGUCUGCAGGUACCUCAUCGAUGUGGACGGGCUGGAUGCAGCGGUGGCGCUGCAGCUCUUCAACUCCUGUAGAGGUCACCACAUAGAGAGGCAGAACUACCUGGACGACCUGCAGCGAGGCGCCAAGAGGAGCAACCCUGGCAUCGACGAGACGGAGGAGAAGGAGGAGGCUGUUAGAGGGCUCGCUGUGGAGAGACCGCCACUGUCCGCCAAGGAACGGAGACAAGACGACCCGGCUGCGGAGAACCAACCAGCCGGUAACCGCCGCCACCGCUGUCAAGCUCGACACAAACGGGCACAGAUGGCUCCUUCCUGCUCCUCUUUCACUCCCCUCCAUCACCUGGGCCCGGCCCCCCUCGAUAUAGGGAACAAACAGUCUGAGGCCCCGCCCCCCUCGAUAUAGGGAACAAACUGAAUCUGAGGCCCCGCCCCCCAGGAUAUAGGGAACAAACUGAGUCUGAGGCCCCGCCCCCUGUAUAUAGGGAACAGUCUGAGACCCCGCCCCCCUGGAUAUAGGGUACAAACUGAGUCUGAGGCCCUGCCCCCUGG